AUGGUGCCCAUCAGAACGCCAAACCAGAACAACCUCACCAUUAUGCCCAAAGCCCAAUCCACACUUUGCGCCCAACGCACCCAGUCCAUCAUCGAUCGCAUCGAGGGUCGCACGAACCGCAUCGCCAAUAUCGUCCUCGUCGUCACCAUCACUGGCAUCCUAGCCCCAGCGUUCGUCCUCGAGUUCCACCGCGUUGGCCGCCGCGCCCGCACGCUCUCGCCUGUGCUGCUACAGUUCGGUGGCAAGAGGGUCGCCGACUGUGCGGAACUGUGCGGCCCUGCGCUGAUCGUCAAGAGCUGUGCGUACUUCCCAGCGCUGGGGACAGCGGCAGCUGCCUGGGGCGUUGAGAAGGAGUUGGGUGGGGUGAUGGCUAUGGCGUUGGCGUACGUGAUGAUGGUUUGGGCGACGUGGAAGGCUUUGGCACGGAAUCGCGAAGAGGACUUCGGGUCGGACGGGAAGCAGAAACGCGAGUCAUUGGGUUGA